CUUUGAUCCAAAUUACAAUGCGGACAAAACCAAAAGCUGGCAGUGCAGUAUUAUAGUGUAGACUCCAUCGCAAGUGCGGAGCUACUUGACCAUCAAAGACUUAAACUUUUCUGGCUCAACGCACUCCCCAGAUUUCAUAUAUAUCGGCUAACAAUUUCAUACAAAUGGGCGGGUCUGAAUCGGAUUCGUGUACACCGAGUUUAUGGUUGGCUCCGAACCCGAGCAAGAGAUGGGGCGAGCUUUUCUUUCUCUGCUACACUCCGUUUUGGCUUACUCUCUGUCUGGGCAUUGUUGUCCCUUACAAACUCUAUGAGAGCUUUACGGAGUUGGAGUAUUUUCUUCUAGCUAUGAUAUCAGCUGUUCCUUCUUUCUUAAUUCCGGUUUUAUUUGUCGGAAAGGCUGACAGGAACUUGAGUUUUAAGGACCGGUAUUGGGUCAAGGCUAGCCUUUGGAUAAUCAUUUUCAGCUAUGUUGGUAAUUACUUUUGGACGCAUUACUUCUUUACAGUUUUGGGAGCUUCUUAUACAUUUCCAUCAUGGAAAAUGAAUGAUGUACCUCACACAACUUUCCUUCUGACUCAUGUGUGCUUCCUGUUUUACCAUGUCACCUCAAAUAUGACACUUCGCAGGCUGCGGUAUGCUACCGCUGACAUGCCAGUAAACCUUCAAUGGGCUUUUGAGGCAGCAUGGAUCUUGGCUCUUGCAUAUUUUAUAGCCUACCUGGAGACAUUAGCCAUAUCUAAUUUCCCUUAUUAUGAGUUUGUUGACCGAUCUUCCAUGUACAAAGUUGGGUCCUUGUUUUAUGCCAUCUACUUCGUUGUGAGCUUCCCGAUGUUUUUGAGGAUCGACGAGAAACCUAGCGACUCGUGGGACUUGCCGAGAGUGGCUGUAGAUGCUCUGGGUGCAGCAAUGCUGGUAACCAUAAAACUCGACUUGUGGCGCAUCUUUCUCGGACCUAUAGUUCCAAUAUCAGAUACAAAACAGUGCCUUCAAUCUGGACUACCCUGGAUUCAUACACAUGCCACUGAAAUCUAGUGGCUGAAUUUCACAAUGGAAGUUUUCCAUUGCUGUUGUAACAUUAAAAUAAUUGUAAUGUCCGUUAGGUCCCUGUUUUAUUUCUCAAACAUGAUGCUUCAUCUUCAUCUGCAGCAAGACUUGUGAUGAUUUGAUGUUGUGUCCAGUGCUUUAAGUUAGUUACUGUUUACAAUCUUAACUUUUUUUUUCUUGAGAGGAUUACAUCUUAACUCAAAACAUAUGUGUUGCUUUGAUUUUUUGUAUAUUAGUUGUUUUUUUAA